AAGAUGGCAAAGAGCAAGAAUCACACUGGUCAACACGAACAAAAGAAGAACCAUAGAAAUGGUAUCAAGAAGCAAAGAAAGGAAAGAAAGGCCACAUCCAAGGGUUUGUACAGACCAUGGAAGACCAACUCCAAGUAUGCUAAGAAGGGUACUCUCAAGGCUAUGAAGGAAGCUGCUCAAAAGCAAGAAUAAAUCUUUUGCAAACCAUAUUUAAAAUUU